AUGAGUGGCCGCAACAACCAAGGGUCGAACAAUCAUCGCUAUGAAGGGCCAGCGAUGCCACCGCGCCGCAACGGCCACCGCCAAAACCGGCGCCACGGCGACCGGGACGACAACACGGCCGGUGACCGGCAUCGGAACGGCCGACACAACCGAAACCGCAACCGCAACCGCAACCGGGACCGGGACCGCAACAACAACAACAACCCAAACCCGAACCCAGGCCCAAACCCAGGCCCAAACUCAAACCCAGGUCCAAAUCCAAGCCCAAACCCAAACCCAGGCCCAAACCCAGGCCCAAACUCAAACCCAGGUCCAAAUCCAAGCCCAAACCCAAAUCCAGGCCCAAACCCAAACCCAGGCCCAAAUCCAGGCCCAAACCCAAACCCAGGCCCAAAUCCAAGCCCAAACCCAAACCCAGGCCCAAACCCAGGCCCAAACCAGCUGUGGGGUGCAGCGGCGGCGGGGCUGCCACCGCCACUGAUGGUGCUGUUCCAAACGGGCCAGGGCUGCGGAGCGCAGAUCCACUGGGACCCCCUUCCAUCUGGCGGGACCCCGAACGCCCCUAACCCGUUCGUCAACCCCGGCGACACCAACAACGCCAACCCCCCCAACCCGUUCGCCAACCCCGGCGACAACAACAACGCGAACCCCCCUAACCCGUUCGGCGCCAACCCCAAUCCCAACCCACAGCCAACCCCCCAGCAGCCAAACCCCCAGCCCAACCACGACCACGACCACCCCAUGCUCGACAUCGACACGGUCCAGCACCUCGAGCAGCAGGUCGCCUCCCUCCACGGCAACGCCCUCAACGCGCGCCACCAGCUGCGCGCGCUGUUCACCGCCGCCGCCGCGUGGGGCCCCAACUCCGAGCACGUCGUCAAUAUGAUGAUUGACAGGGUGCGCGAGAACGCGCCGGGGACCGAGCUCGGGUGGAUGUUGGCGAGGGAGGGGUACGCUGGGAACGGGGGGGAUGGGAACGGGGGUGGGCAAAAUGGGAAUGGGAACGGGGGGAAUGGGAACGGGAACGGGGGCAACGGGGGGAACGUGGGGAAUGGGAACGGGGGGAACGGGAGCGGGAGCGGGGGGAACGGGAGUACAGGUGGUUUCUCGUCGUCGACCACAUUGUAA